AUGCCGCGCAUGCUCCAUCGUCAUCCGCACCACCCGCUCCACCACACACCAUACACCCACGCCGCGCCGCACCACACCACUCGACUCGACGCUUCACCUCAGCACACCACUCCACACCACUCGGAUUCCAUCCUCUCUCCAUCUCCCCCCACCUCCUCCCAUCUCCUCCACCGUCGCCUCUCUUUGCAUCUCAAUUUCCCGCCGCUGCUAGGCCCGCAAUGCCUUUGUCCGGUCCCCUCAAUCCGCAAUGCCAGCGCAGCAGGCUCCACCCGGCAAGCGAGCCCCGGAAAUGAUACUGCAUCGUCCGGUCCCGGCGGCCGUGAGCGCUCGCCCAAGGGCUCCACCCCAUCUACUCGCGCUACCACGACCACGACCACGACCACGACCACUACUGCUACCAAAUGCCUAAGCGACUCGCGUCGCCUUGCACUCCAACUUCCCACUUGCACUGGCAAUGUCGGUCAACCGCUCGCUCGUGUGACGUGGGGCUAG